AUGGACCUUUGUGCCGCCCACGACGCAUGCGCUGAACUGCGCCAUACGCACAACAUUUCGGCUCAUCUCAUCGGUUCUGGUUAUGGCAUUCUGAAGGACGUCGGCUCAGACACAUCUGACACUGAAUACUGGACUAGCGUGAACGAUAUGUUAGUGGAACGUGAUGAGCAGAAAACCGGCUGGAGGGCCCUCUCCACUUCCGGAUCGGAGGAGGUGAUUGAUCUGGAUGUCCCAUUCGAUAUCAGCGUAGCAGAUACCGAUGUCAUGGUUGCGAAGGCGGUGUCCAACAAAGUGACUCUCAUUCCGGCAACAGGUGGCAUCAGCUUCGCAACACGCACCGUUUGUGAACUGUCUAGUAAACCGCAAUCUGGAUCGAACAUGAAGGUGACACAAUUCGUGAGGGAGGUCCAAAGCGCAACGACCUCUAUCUUUGACGCAGAUGUUCUGGGUGUCACUCGAUGCACGAAAUCGAUUCCUGAUGCCCGCACACAGUUAAAAUGUGCUUUCACGUGUGUGAGGGAACCCAAUUGCCGAUCGAUUUAUUUCAACACACAGAGCAGUGAAUGUGUUCUGAUGUUGUACGUGCAGGGUACGUUACCGUUGCCGGAUGAGAAUGAAAACGAUUGGGAGAGAUGGGCUGAGCCACAAUCCGGUCCCUGA